AUGGCGAAAAAAGUUUGCGACAUUCUCAACGAGUCUCUUUAUGGAACCUCAGAGGAUUUUGAAGAUUUUCGUUCGGCACUUGUCGCUAAUUGUGUCUUCAACGGCUUUUUGUGUUAUACAAACAUCUUUUUUAACAUUAUUACCAUCCAUGCGACAAGGAAAACCGCGUUGUUGCCAAAACCUUUGAGAACAUUAUUACUGAGCCUAGCUGCCACCGAUGUUGGUGUUGGUUUGUUGGUCCAACCACUCUACAUUUCUACCUUGGUGAGCAGGUUAAAACAAAAAAAAAUCGACUGCAUUUACGACAAGGGAUUGUCCGUCGUUAUCAAUUUCUUUUGUAUAUCCUCGUUCUUAAAUGUUGUAGCCAUAAGUGUGGACAGGUUCUUAGCUGUUCAUCUUCAUCUCAGAUAUCAAGAACGUGUCACUCACAAGCGCGUAAUUGCCGCCGUGAUAUCAAUAUGGCUGUUGAGCGUAAUUAUUUCUUCUAAUGUCUUUUGGGAUCCAUUGUUUAUCAUCUUGCUGGUCAUAGGGCUCAUGAUUAUAACUGGUUGCCUCAUUCUGGUAGUAAUUGUCUACUGGAGGAUUUAUAUAGUCUUAAAGCGACACAAAAACCAGACGGGAGAACUUCAAAUCCAAGAAGUACAACAGGGAGUUCAAAAUGGCGACUUAUCAAACUUUUUGAAGCUUAGAAAGUCAGCUCUUGGAACAUUUUAUGUAUGUGUUGUGUUCUUGAUUUGUUAUUUGCCUUCUUGUAUUCUCUCUUUUUUAUUCUCGGCUCGCCUUUUAAGUUCAAUCUCUUACUACAAAGCUUGGCCCCAUACAACGACUUUGUUUUUCCUCAACUCGUCUUUGAACCCUGUUAUAUACUGCUGGAAGAUGGGACCCAUUCGUCGCACUCUCGUGGACAUAAUACGAGGCAUCGUCAAUCGUUUCAGGCAAUAGCAUUUGUUAUGAUGAACUGUUGUUGUAAAUAUAAGCUGCUAGAAAUCUCCAGACUGCUUAAUUAUGCUGACAUGCGUACCAUAGAACUUUCUAGAACAUUUGACCAAGUCACGUAAUUGUUACGUAAUACCACUAAAAUAGUUCUUUUGAAAGCUUCUGGAAUGUUCCAGAACACUUUGUGAAUGUAUAAAAAGACCUAGUCGUGUAGUGGUGGUAGUAGUUGUUGCUGUCGGCAGUGGCCGACUCUUGAGAAAGCUUUACCGUGAGAGAGAGCUACAGUGGAAGAUACUUAGCUAAUUUGAAGAAACGUUGGAGGAAACUGUGAGUUCUGCUCAGUGGCGAGCUAAGAUAUAGACUGUUGUGGGCUUAAGUAAGUUUAUGGAGGAUAAGUACUAAACUGCUUCUAAGAGUCACUCCUUAUUAAGAAAUCACUCGUCAAAUAAAGUAGUUGGGUCUGUUGGAUUGAAGUGUUUUUCCGUCGGUUAGAUUAUACCGUAACGCAUUGAUUGGGUUCGUUUCUGAUGCCAAUUGACAGUGCAUGGGAUGAGAGCCUCGGCCAUCGUCAAAUUAGACUUGAUCUGCCCAAAGUGAGUAAGGAAAACUGAGAGAGGAUUAACUUUAACGGCUAGGAAAACUGUGCAGUGAGGUACUAUAAAGUCAAGCAUAAAAAAGUGUCAUUCGUUAGUUUUAAGCGCAUUUUGUAAGAAAACUUUGUAAAUGACGAGAAAGCUUCCUCGCUACUUGAGUUAUGUCAUCAUUUGAUGCAUGUAUUUUUAAUUGUCAAUAGGAUAAUGAAUUAUCAGUAGGCUUGUGAAGUGUAUGGCUUGUGAAUUAAAUUCAAAACCGAUUUUUAGGUCGCUUUAUUAUGUAAUAAGGGCCACGAGUUCAUCAGUGUUUUACUACAGUUAAGUAUAACCCUCUUUGAAUAAAGCCGUUACUUAUUUGCGAUCACAUAUAGGCUUCCAGAAUUCAGUUGUGCGGUCCCUGAUAUAAAGAAUGAUACGAAGUCGACUAGACUUGAUGGUUGUCCGUUCGAAUAAAAGUCUCAACCUUGUCAAUAGUAACCCGGACACUUAUUUAGCUAGGCAAAGAGAGAAGGUUAUACAUUUUAUACAAAUGCAAAUUACACGAAAUACAAGGAUCUCUACGCCUUUCACUCAGACAGUUAGUCCGUUUAGAAUUCGUUUUAGUCCUCAAUUUCACCUGCUUUUAAAUUGUUCCCUGCGCCAAUCACCGCUGUUCUCGGCUAUCCUCGUUUUUUUUUUUGUUAUAUUGGAACUUUUUUUAGUGUUUGUUUAACAAUACCCUUUCGAGGUAAAGAGACCUCAGAUUACAUGACGUAGCUUCUUAAUAACUCCAGUCGGCGAAAGAUUAGUUGGCUAAGUACAAAGAAUGACGUCCGACUCCAACCUCGCUCCCAGGAGGAGGUUGGGUAAAGUCAGACCACAGACACCCGGAUUGCGAAUCACGCGCUUAGACCCACUUUAGUUCUCUUUGCCAUAAUAAGAAAAAAUUAGUGAUGCAUAAAGUUAACGCUCUUAUGUAGAUUCUCGCUGAAGUCAGUUGUCACUAAUCGAUCGACAAGGAAUGCCCAGAUUCCUCAGAUCCCCCUGUACACACCCAGAAAAGGGCAAAGAACAAUUAUUAGGUCCUGUCACCCAAGUAGAAGACGACGUUGACAGAAUUCAAACACUGCUUAAAGAAACCUUUUUUUUUUAACCAUUUAGAGAUAAUUUAAUUUCUUAAUUCACAUUAAAUUUUUACAUUCUGUAAAAUUGAAACUAUGUGAAAUGAACUAUGUGAAAGUUCUGUCUGACGAGCGCUUAGGCGCGAAACUCAGAGUAACGGAGAAUUGAUGCGUCCUCUUUGAUUCUUUCACUUAUAUAUACCCAGCUCUGCUACAACAGCAUUGGGCACUUUAUGCCAAGGUAGACUCUACCUUCAUAUUUAUAUAUAUAUAUAUGCAUGUAUAUAUAGGUAGUUCAGUGUUAACAACUGAGUUGAAAAUGUAAAUUGGUCACCGUGAAGAGUGUAAAGGCUAACGUUUCGAGCGUUAGCCCUUCGUCAGAGCGAUCGGAGGAGUUGUGGAUUGUGUGUGGGUUUAUAUGCAAAAAAUUGGGUUACGCUAUUAAUGGGAAUAUGGUGACGAGAAAACAAGAAUAAAUUAGGUGAAUCAAAAGCGCUUAUUAAUACCGUGGAAAUUAAGAGUGCCAAUUUGGAAGAUAAAUUUUUGUUCUAGUGUUUUGCGGCUUUACGAACUGUCUAAAUUUAGGGAAAGGCCGGAAACUACCAUAUGCUGUAUAGAAUAAUUGGGGAGAUUAAAGUGUUUAGCGACUGGUUUGGAUGCGUCCUUGUCAUUUCUUUCUUUGUCGUGAAGGUGUUCUCGAAGUCGAUCACCUAGUCGUCUGCAUUCAUAUGAUUGCAUAUAUAGAUGGUUGCAUAAUACAUAGCACCACUUAACAUUUUUUGUUGAGUAUAAUGGCAUAAGACUCAGAUGGAUUAUUCGUGUGCGCUGAGUUUUUAGGGUUCUGCUUUUUUCAAUACAACUUGAAUUCAAGAUUCUCUAUUUGCAAUAGUGGACAAACUUUAACCAGCAGACUAUUUAGAGAGAAAAAUUAAGGAAAGUCAUUUUGUUUAUUUAUUAGUAAAGUCGCGACUGGCUCUAAUUGCUUUGGAGUAGCUGACAGAUGGAGCGAAACUCUUGACGAAUCACUUUACGAUGUAAAGUGAAACUACUAUAAUUCCUGACUGUUUUUGACACCGCUCAUUUGCAAACUACUCUUUACCUCUGGACGAAAUAAAAUUAUAGCCCUGUUAUUUGCCGAUUCGUUUUUUUUCAUUCCUUCUUUACUUUCUGACCCUAACAGGCUAAAGUCUUUCAUAUUAUAAUACAAUAUUGCAAUUUUCACACUUAAUUUACAUGUUUACAUAUAGUGAUGUCCCAAAAAAGCCAGCCCUCAUUUUUAAUUUACAUCUGCCGUCAAAAUGAACAAUAGUCAAACUUCCUGUAUUCUUUUUGUUUAAGCGCUUAAUGCAGAAUUAUUGUUUGAAAAAAAUUUUCGGUUGAAAUAUGUAAAAAUAUUACAGGGCCAUUGGUAAACUUUUUCUGAGCUAAGCGCAGCUGUUUAUGAACUGAAGUGGAUCCGUGACUUGUGAGGAGGUGGUCAAAGUGAGAGCCGAACGCGGUCGUCAGUAGGGGGGAGAGCUAUCUGUAAAAAUGCACUCCCGGGAAAUAUUCUCAAGCUACUCUAAAACGACUGAAAUAUAUGCCGGUAUUAUCUAAGUGUAGUAAGUUUGCUGAACAUUCUGAUUACCUCCUAGAUCUGCCACAAACGAGUGCGUACUUUCUUCGUAAUAAUUAUUUGGAUCUCUACCACUCCUCACCAAACAUAAAAUACUCGAUCUCUGAAGAUGUAUUCAGUGUAUUCAGACGAAUUUAAUAAUAAAGAAGGAUAUGUCAAGCGCUCUUUAAUUUAACUGACUAUAAUGUUUCGUAUAUUCAUUUUGAUAGAUAAUAAAAAAUAUGUUGAUGACAGCUUUCCUUCAAAUAACCUUUUUUCAGGUAUAGAUCCCAUGUUUAGUUAAAAUGCUUUGAAGUAUUAAACAAAUAAUUUUUUAGUUCUAACCAACGCCGAGUUAAAGCGAUACUCGAUGCCUUUUUAAAAAAUUCAAAUGUCAGUUGAAGACAUCUUGACUGUACAUACAACUGGCUUCGAUUGUGUUAUAUGCUUGUGAUUGACAGCUACACAUGACUUAAAAUUUUCCGUGUUAGAAUUGGAAAAUAUUAGAGCCACAGUAGUUUUAACGCUCAGCUCUCAUGGAGGAAAACAUUUGCAACCUUUUUAACGAGUUUUUCUCUGGAACCUCUGCGAAUGUUAAAGAUUUUCGUCCAGCACUUGUCGCUAAUUGUCUCUUCAACAGCUUUUUGUGUUAUACAACCAUCAUUUUGAACAUUGUUACCAUCCAUGCGAUAAGGAAAACCGCGUUGUUUCCAAAACCUAUGAGAUCAUUAUUACUGAGCCUGGCUGCCUCCGAUGUUGGCGUUGGUUUGUUGGUCCAACCGCUCUACAUUUCUACUUUGGUCAGCCGGUUAAAUCAAAAACGUAUCGGUUGUAUUUCCUAUAAGGGAUGGUCCGUCGUUAUCACUUUCUUUUGUAUAUCCUCGCUCUUGAAUGUUGUAACCAUUAGUGUGGACAGGUUCUUGGCCGUUUAUCUUCAUCUCAGAUAUCAAGAACUUGUAACUCACAAGCGCGUCAUUGCAGCGGUGAUAUCGAUAUGGCUGUUAAGCGCAAUUAUUUCUUCUAGUGUCUUUUGGGAUCCAUUGCUUUUCAGCUCACAAGUCAUUGGGCUCGUGAUUAUGACUGUCUGCCUCAUUGUAGUGGUUAUUUUCUACUGGAGGAUUUAUAUUGUCUUAAAGCGACAUAAAAACCAGAUUCAAGGCCUUCAAAUCCAAGAAGUACAACAGGGAGUUCAAAAUGGCGACUUACUAAACUUUUUGAAGCUUCGAAAGUCAGCUCUUGGAACAUUUUAUGUAUGUAUUGUGUUCUUGAUUUGUUAUUUGCCUUCCUAUAUUCUCUCUUUUUUAUUCCUGGUUCGCCUUUUAAGUCCAAUCUCUUUCUACAAAGCUUCACUCUAUACAACGACUUUGCUUUUCCUUAACUCGUCUUUGAACCCUGUUAUAUACUGCUGGAAGAUGGGACCCAUUCGUCGCACUCUCGUGGACAUAAUGCGAGGCAUCGUCAAUCGAUUUAGAGAAUAACAUUUGUUAUGAAUAAUUGUUAUUGUAAAUAGAAGCUUCUGGAAAUCACCAGACUGCAUAAUCAUACUGACAUGCGUACCAUAGAACUUUCUAAAACAUUUCAUCAAGUCAGGUAAUUAUUACGUAAUACUAUUGAGAUAGUUCUUUUGUGAAUGUAUAUAAAGACUCAGUUAUGUAGUAGUAAUAAUAGUUGUUGUUAUCGUCGAGAGUGACCGACUGUUUAGAAAUCUAUACCUUGAGAGACAGCUACAGCGCGCAGCGGAACCCUAUCCAUACAUGCAAAAAAUGAUAAUAAAAAUAAUAACCCAUGAAACCGAGUAAAUUUGGUCUGACGCAUGACCGAAAUUCCGUUUGUAAAAGUUGCUAGAUUAGGAACAACUGUAUUAGGGGCUCAAAUCUAGCCACAACGUUAAUAGAAGGGAAAGAGAAAAGGAAAUGUGCAUGCGCUAUUGAAUGCGUAACCUGGAAGCACUAAGCAACUUAGGUGCAACAUAAAGCUCCGCUUUGAGGAUUGGAUAAAUCUAUGCUUGUGCUAAGGGAAAAUCUGUCGAAAAUUUGUGAACGGUCUCAGAAAGUUCUUUCUAGAUUUCGAGGACUGUUGAGGUAAGGCCUCGCCGCUGAAUGAUUGAUGAAGUAAGGGCUCAUUACCGAGAAAAAUUAAUUGAUCUUUUUUUAUCAGCCACGCCAUUACUCUGGUUACAAGAAGAGCUCUAAAUCAAGUUAUAUAGAUAUAUGUAUUCGCUUUUCGUGCGAAAACAUUUCAUCAUGCACUCAGCUAUUGCAGGUUAGCCACUCAAAUUAAGAGUAUUUUUUACAGUAACAUUUCCUGGACACUAAUUCGAAGUGAGGUCCGUUUAUCUCUGAAAUAACUCUAUAAGAUUUCUCCGAAUUUUCUCGACUUGCUUUAAUUGCUUUAAUUUGGAGGAGCUUUUCUGAAAAUUCUAUUUAUUCCUGACGAGUAGAUAGUUGUGCGUUUUUUUAAACAACUUUUGUUUAACCCUUUAACUCCCAAGAUCUCAUUAGUUAUUCUCCUUGCUGUCUGCCAUAUAGUUCUAAUUAUGUUAGUUCAGAGAAUUUAGUAUUGGAUCUACUAAUAAUCCCCAAAUAUAUAUGUUAUUUGCCGGCUGGGAGGUCCGUAUGAUGAAAAACUGUGACCGAGGUCUUCAAGGCCGAGGUCACAGUUUUUCACCCUAUGGAUCGACCCUUAGCCGGUAAAUAACAUAUUUAUUUUUUUUAAACUUGACGAAAUUCAUUCCGAAAGAACCCGAAUGAUUUAGGGCUGUAAAUACGGCAAAAUCUUCCAUAAACUGAACAGUUUUUGAGCGAGUAAAUGGUAGUUAAAAUAGAGGUGACGAAAAUUUAAGAGAACAUUUUCAUUUGCGUAAUGAUAAAAGUGAUUCAAAAGGCUUCCAAACAAACUUUAAAACGUUAUUAUACAAGUAUCUGUCACAAUGUGACACCUGUCAAUUAGAGAGCGCGUAAAAAAAGAAAAAAGCCCAUGUAAAUUUUUAAAAAACAACGAAACUAGUUUGGCAGGGACUAUCACCACAAUGUUUUCUUCAAAAAUAGUUAAUGAUCUUACGGAAAGUAUUAUUCACUCUCAUCGACGAUUAAUUUAUGUACGAAGAUUUACCUUUGUUCAUUAAGUAAUCGGCGAGGAAAGUAAUUGUAAGUAAAUUCAAAUUUUUUGUUUUGAAGUUGUGAGAGUUUGCUCGUUUGUUUGCUGCAAUGGCGUGUGAAAAUCUGGUCUUUCCUCCGCAAAAACUAAAUUCGGAUGAUAUACUCCAACGAGACAUAAGGGAAUUUUACGCGGCCUUUUCUCAUUUAAUUCCUUAAGUUUCUGUUGUGCAGUUUACGAUACAAAUGUCCAAAUUGAACGGACUUGAAAAGACUCACCGAGAGCGUAUAUUUGUUGCAGAACUGAAAUUAAAACUCGCUCGCCUUUUCACAACGAACAAAUUGUUUGAGAAAAUUCAGAUAUUAAAUGAAUGAAAGUUCCAUCGAUUAGUUCAACUGUAGCCAAAUACCUCACGUUUUAACUCCUCUAGGUGCUUUUUGUGAACAAUUAAAAUUAAUUGCAGACGGCUUUUAGGCCGCCUGUCAACCGACGUAAUGACAUUAUUGCUUAUACAAAAAAGUAAUUCUGAAACGAAAAUUUUUCAGUCGACCAAAGUGACUUGAGAGAGAGAAAAGAGAGGAUUAAUAAGUUAUUUAUUGGCUUGAGGUAGUGACCGACUUCUUUGCUUAAAAAUACUGCCCAGCCGGUAAAACGAGAUAUAUUUAUGAAAAAUAGCAACGAAUGAAGGGAUGUACUCGGCGACUCACGAACGCUUUACCGUUGCCUGUGGGCAGAGAUAGGAAAAUACUGACCGGGUAAAGAACCAAUCAGAUUGCAGCAUUCGUUUCCGUGCCCUCUAAAAAAAAUUGAUUUUCUUUACUCUAAUUUUUUGUGUGCUUGAUAUUGUAUUGAUAUUGUAAGGAAAAAUUCUGCCUCGGUCACUCAUGGGGAGUUAAAUAGUCAAUCAUUUUCAUCCACAAAAACUAACUCGUUCCACUUCUUUUGGUCGAAAUAUAUUUCCCAUCCCUCAGAGGAACCUCUUCUUUGGUUUUCUUCCGCUUCAGAACAACGUUGAAAGAUUGGGUUCAGAAAAAAGUAAUUUUAGUGAAGAAAACUUAAAACUUCUGCAAAGCAGAAAAAAAAGGUUUCCGCGUUCCUCUCAAUCUAGUGGCAUCCGCGGUUUAAUUGUAAGCACAUUUGAGGACAGUUUUCAGAGGCAGGAUAGGUUAUUGUUUUGAAUCUCAAAACCCAACAGAUACUUCCUGAUAUUGUAUAGUUUCUAAAACAGGAGCAAAAUUGUCCUUUGACAAAAUCAGUUUUCCAAAAUCGAACUUCACCUUGAAUUAAAUUCAUUGAUGAGCGGGCAACGUCGAAAGUCGGACGGAGUCUUACGGCGCCCAAAAUCUGACAGAGCCAAACAAUACGACAGAGCCAGAUUGAUACCUCACAAAGGAAGCUAAAAUUGGAUAGAGUUUCCAUCGGAAGUUUUCAAAUAACGGAAAUCCCAAUCUGAUUUCAAAAAACAUCAAAUGAAAAACUGAAUGCCAGAAAAUGCCAAUUGAAAAUUGGAAUGCGCUCGGAAUGAGACGGUCUCACGGUGCAGAAUCACAGCUUACGAUUAGUAUAAACCUUAAGAAAGAAAAAUUUCACUUAAAGGCUAUUUUCAAUACAAGGAGGUGGUCAUUUGUGUCAAUCGAGCUGAGAGAGAUAUUAUGCAGAGAUAAUGGCGAUUAAUUGAUGUCGACCUACAAUGUCGUGUUAAACUGCCUGAAACCGGAAAAGAAGCUCCCUGAGGUAUACGGAAUAUCUUUUGACGAAAAACAAAACGAGGUGGUUUUUUUUUCACAUAAAAUGAUUAACAAGGGUAUUGAAAAUUAUUCAUUGAAAAAAAAAACACCCAAAGAGAACCUCAGCCAAUCAAAUGCAGCCAUUUUAAAGUUAUGAUGCCCCUAUGUUUAUCAGUGAUUUAUCAGCUGUGCUAUUACACUGUUAACAAAAAAGAGCUCUUAAAUCAGUUGAAUUGAUUGAGUUAUAUCUGCUUUUCUUUAGAUCAACACAUCAAACUCAUUCCCCAAUGCGACGAACAUUUCUUUUUCUCGGUUCCAGGUGCGCGCAACCACUAACCCAACGUAAUGCGUAUGCUCUCCGUUACGAAUUUUCAAAAUGGCGGACAGGCCAAAGAGGGAAAUGAAAAAAACAAAGCGAUUUUGCAAUGAAUACUCAACAUACACCCUCGUUAGAAAGGCGAAUCCACGGAAGAAAGAUACAAAACUGUAUGAUACUGAGAUCGAUAUGAUAUUAAAUCCAUAUCGAGGGCCCGUUUCCAACUUCCAAAGAAGUGUAUUUAAUUGCCUUCCGCCACGAUUACUAGUUUUCUCAACAACUUUCUGAAGACAGAAUACUUUCUUUCUGAAGACUGCUGAUAUGCGGCUAUUGAUUAUUAUACCUGAUUGCUCAAACACUUUGUUUACGAUUGUUGAAAGGACCGACUCAUGGUUCUCCGUCUUCGUCUUUACAUUGCUUUGAAAUAGUAUAGAUUAGUAAGCUGAAACGAAAAAUUAAUAAGGGAAGUUUACAAAAAAUCCAGCAAACAAGUUUAAAAAGGCAUUUAUUUAGACUUCAUACUUCAACGAACUUCACAAAUCUUACUUGUUUAUCUUGUAAAUAAACGAUGGCAGAUUAAUUCCCGAAGCGCUUUCGGACUUUCCCGAUCCCUCUCCUACUACUUUCACGCUUACAAAACAGGAAAAAAUCAAAAGGAGGAAGAUACAGCUGUUUUGAAACGCCAUUUGACGAGGGUAAAUCUGCUUUUUGUUCGACACUUUACAUAUCAAAACAAAGGAAAUGUGUUCCUCUUUUUAAUUCUGGUGGUACAUUUUUAAUUUGCGCCUGCGUAAAAGAGAUAUCGCCCGAGACCCUUUGCUCGGUCGUGUUUUGAUCAAAAACGCCUUGUUAAUUUCAUGCAACCGCUCGGAGAAAAGGUAAAAAUGACGAGGGAAAACUUUACCUUCAAGUUAGAAAAUUAGCGAAACGAUAUUAUAGUUUAAUAUUUCAGAGGUACAUUGAGGGCUAAACCAUUAUGCCUCGCACUAAAUAACUAACACUAUUACAUCUCUCGGUUAAUACGUGGGCUAUGAUUGGUCAAAUUUAGCGGGCUUUAUAUCACUGUACUGCCCGCUAAACUCAAAGGUUUGUGGUUAAAACCACCUUGAAGAAUAUAAUGAACUGAAACAUAUGAAAAAACUUCUCGGUGGCUUUCAUUUGAAUGGUCAAACGCUAUUGUUCGAUCCACAGACUUUUAAACUACUUCGUGGUGCUUGAUAAACAGUGCACAUGGAAGAACUGGUAAAUAGCUUUGGUUCGAAUAGUCAAAAUACAGGAUGUUAUUCAAGCCGGAACCACCUUAUGCUGCACGAUAAACUGUACCACAUUAAAAUACUACGCUGUAGCUCUCAUUUAAAUGGUCAAACGCUAAAUUGUCAUCCAUACUAAGCUAGAACCACCCAGCACCUUUUAUUUGAAUGGGUCUUAUUCAUGGGCGUAAAGGUAGGAAUCCCUUCUCACCUCACUGCAAACAGUACCAGUAUGGAAGUUCUAUCCAUUUACAUCCAUAUGAUUGCACAUAUAGGUGAUUCCAUUAUUUAUAGCAACACAUAAACGUUUUCGUCGAGUAUAAUGGCACAAGAUUCAGAAGGAGUAUUUUUAUGCGCUGAAUUUUUAGGGUUCUGCUCUUUUCAAUACAACCUGAAUUCAAGAUUCUCUCUUUGCAAUAGUGCACAAACCUUAACCAGCAGAUUAUUUAGAGAGAAAAUUAAGGAAAAUUAUUUUGUUUAUUCAUUAGCUGAGUGGCGAAUGGCUUUAAUUUGCUUCCGAGUAGCUGACAGAUGGAGCAAAACUUUUGACCAAUCACUUUACGAUGUAAAGCAAAACUAUUACGAACCAUGACACCACUCAUUUGCAGACUUCUUUUGACUUCUGGACGAAAUAAAUUUAUAGUCCUGUCAUUUGCCUAUUAAUUGUUUUUUUAUUCUUUCUUUACCUACUGACCCUAACAGGCGAAAGUCUUUCAUAUUCAAACACAAUAUUGCAUUUUUCACUUUAAUUUACAUCUAUUAAUGAUACAAAAAAACCAGCCCUCAUUUUUAAUUUACAACAGCCGUCAACAUAAACAAUAGUCAAACUUCCUGUAUUCUUUUCGUUUAAGUGCUUUAUGCAGAAUAAGUGUUUAAUAAAAUGUCUGAUCUGUAUUUCUUUCGGUUGGAAUAUGUAAAAAUAUUGUGUCUUUAAAGAUGUCUUCCGUGUAUUCAAACGAAUUUAUUACUAGGGAAACAUAUUUGAAGCGCUCUUUAAUAUAACUGACUAUAAUAUUUCGUUUAUUCAUGUUGAUAGAUGAAAAAUAUGUUAAUGACAGCUUUUCUUUAAAUCACCUUUUUUUAGGUAUAAAUCCCAUGUUUAGUUGGAAUGUCUUGAAGUAUUAAACAGAUAAUUUGUUUUAGUUCUAACUAACGCCGAAUUUAAAGCGGUACUCGAUGCUUUUUGAAAAAAUUCAAAUGCCGGAGUUGAAGCCGGGGACAUCUUGACUGUUCGUACAGAUGGCUUUGAUUGUGUUAUAUGCUUGUGAUUGACAGUUACAUAUGACUUAAAAUUUUCCGUUUAGAAUUGGAGAAUAUCAGAGCCACAGUAGUUUUAACACUCAGCUCUCAUGGCGGAAAACGUUUGCGACCAUCUCAACAAAUCUUCUUUCGGAACCUCUCUGUAUUUUAAAGAUUUUCGUCCGGCACUUGUUGCUAAUUGUGUCAUCAACAGCUUUUUGUGUUAUGCAAACAUCAUUUUGA